UCGCUCGAGCCUGUGCGGGUGCGGCUGUUUCCAAGUGUUGGGACUCAUUUGUUUGCUUAUUUUGGGUGUCGUGUCGUACGAUCUAAAUUAAUUUAAUUUGUGAUGCAGCUCAAUAACAGGUCGCUUAUUGAUAAGAUUUUCAAUCAAAAGUGUGUGGUUGUAUCUACUAUGACGAUGGUGCAAGAUAAAGGAACACCAUUUUGACUUGCAUUGUUCUUUAUACACAUGUAUGUAUGUAGGUAUUUAUGAGAAAGUACAUAAACUGGAGUUCAGACAGCACAAAGCACAAAGAACAGAAACAACCUGAGGUGCUGUUCAAACAAAGUUCGAUAAAAAGGCACACAUUAUAGUAGAAAUUUUAUCUCUGUUGGCGAUCAAAAACGAAGCGCCCAGAAAGCGAUUGUGCCAUAAUUAAAGAAACGAAACAGAUAAGAUUUCAGUUCAACUAACAAACAAUUUGUAAUUCAAAUGAGCGGUAAAAUCGAUUAAUUUAUAUUGGUAUGAUCGAUUUUGGAUUUACUUUACGCCAAUGCAUUCACCAGAUCUCCGUUAGCCUAGUUUUUACUAGGAAAAGGUGUCAGCACGCUAGGUCACACAAUUGAUAAGAGCCGAUUCCCUGUUAGUCAUGAAAUACGGCAGCACAUUAAUCCGGAUUAGUCGCUGGGAACAUAUUCACCGGAAUCGGAAUGCCUUUUUUGGAUUGGCAAGUCGUGCUCCUAUGGAGUGUACUGUACCUCCUAGCUGGCGGCACUACGGACAAUUUGGCAGAAAAUGAAAACUGCUUCUACUGUGUGCCCAUUGACGAGUGCGGGAAACUGUUUGGAAUCCUCCAGCAGGGUAAAAGUGCGCCAUUUGAGGAAAUCCGCUUGAUAUACAAAUCCGGCUGCAAUGAUCAUCGCGGUUUGUUCUGCUGCGAUAACGAUCCGAAAGGCAUUGAGGAACUCCAAAAACAAAACUGUGGUGUACCUGAAGCCCUUCCAGGGGACCUCAACUUCCGCGUCGUUAAUGGCAAGGAAGUGAAAUUAGGCUCCAGACCAUGGAUGGCACUGUUCUUGACCAACCGCUCCGCCAAUGCCGAACACUUUUGUGGUGGCUCGCUCAUAACGCAACGAUUUGUACUCUCGGCAGCGCAUUGUUUCACCAAACAGGAGUAUGGGGACAUAAACUCCGUGGUGGUUCGCUUGGGAGAGCACGAUGUGCGCCAUACCAGGGACUGCAGGACAUAUGGGGACAAGGAGAUUUGUGCUCCACCGUCGGAGGAUUUCGCCAUAAAACGGAUCAUUUCUCACGAAUUCUUCUCGUACAGCUCCAAGUAUCACGACAUAGCCCUGGUGGAGCUGGCCUCCCAGGUGGAAUACAAGAUACACAUCAAACCCAUAUGUCUGCCCCUGAACGCCGAAAUGCAGAAACUGGCGGAAACCCUAGAUUCCUUCAGCGUGGCCGGAUGGGGCAGACUUAAUGCCUAUUCCGUUCGUGGCUCCGAUGUGCUCAUGGCCGCCGAUCUGCAGCGAAAACACCGCAAAAUGUGCACCAUCAAAUUUAGUAUGUGGGUGAAGGAGAGCCAAAUCUGUGCUGGCAGCAGCACCACAGCACAAGAUUCCUGCCGCGGCGACUCCGGCGGUCCCCUGGGGAGUCUCGUGAAUUACCUCGGUCGACCCCGCUUCGUUCAAUUUGGACUGGUGAGCUUUGGAACCGACGAUUGCCAGAAUCAGGCCGUCUACACAAACGUUGGAUUUCAUCUGCCGUGGAUAACCGAAAUUAUGGCGGAAUAACCAAUGAUUCGUAUAGGUACAUACAUUUAUUUGUAAAAAAUACAAGAUUCUUACAGUAAAGAACUAAUCAGACCACACAA